GUCCAGUCGUUACUAUUUCUUUCUCCUCCCUCCUAUGAAACAUCAUGUAGCUUCACUUUGUUCUGAAGCAAAAUUCAGACUUCCGAUCCUUUUGUUUUGUUUCUUCUUCUCUCCUUCAAAUAACUCAUCCCCACCACCUUCUUCCAUCUUCAAAUCACAGUGACUCUCUCUCUUCGUCUCUCUCUCUCUCUACUUUUGAAGAACAGAGAAAACAUGAUCAGGAACAAAACUCAAUUCACAGGAAGCCUCAAAAUUGGCCUUCUGUGCUUUUCAUUUCUCCUCAUAUUCAUCUUCAUCCUCAGAUCAAGCUUUUUCUUCCCAAUUUCUCAGCCACAGACCCGUAUCUCAAACACUACAAUCAGCCCAGAAGCUUCAUCAGAAGAAUCAAAAUCAGAACCGCCACCGUGCUUGACGCCGACAUGCACCAAAAUCCCACCGUCGCUGGCAAACGCAAUAAUCCACUAUGCCACCACCAACAUCACUCCACAACAAACUGCUCGUGAAAUCUCAGUCUCAGCUCGAGUUCUUCAGAGGAAAUCGCCCUGCAACUUCCUCGUCUUCGGCCUCGGCUACGACAGUCUGAUGUGGACCUCUCUUAACCACGGCGGCCGGACGGUGUUCCUGGAGGAAGACAAAGCGUGGAUCGGCAAAGUCGGCGAGAAAUUCCCCUCACUAGAGUCCUACCACGUGGUGUACGACACCAAAGUCCGAGACGCCAACGAGCUGAUGAAGAUCGGAAUGGAGGAAGAAGACUGCCGUUCGGUGACGGACCCGAGAUUCUCCAAGUGCAAAUUGGCUCUAAAGGGGUUUCCGAGCGAGAUAUACGAUAUUGACUGGGAUGUGAUAAUGGUGGACGCGCCGACGGGGUACUUCGACGGAGCUCCGGGGAGGAUGACCGCGAUUUACACGGCGGGGCUGAUGGCAAGGAACAGAGAAGAAGGUGAGACUGACGUGUUUGUUCAUGAUGUGGAUAGAGUCGUGGAAGAUAAGUUUUCCAGAGGAUUUCUGUGUGAAGGGUAUUUGAGGGAACAAGAAGGAAGAAUCAGGCACUUCACUAUUCCAAGCCACAGGGCUCGCCUGGGUAGACCAUUUUGCCCUCAGAAGAGGUAAGAAAUUCCAGUUAAGAGGAGAGAGAGAAAGGUGGGACCCGUUUCAAUACCUAGUCAAGAUUUUUUAUGUGUAAAUUCAGUGGAGAGAGAAAGAGGAAGACAGAAGAAAGGUUGGCCUAUUAUUUUACUGUGUUUGGUUCUGAUCUUAAGCGGACAUGUGAUUCACUUAUUAGGUGGGGUCCACUAAUCUUUUAUGUUUCUUUCCUCAUAUUAUAUUAUUACGGUGAGCGUCUGAGGUUUGGAUCGAAUGGGAAUGGGAAUGGGAAUGGAGCUAUCUAUGUUUUAAUACAAUCUCUCCGCUCAUUUAAGCGUUUGAACUUUGAACAAGUAGA